AUGGCGUCGAAAUCUAGGGCUGUUCCUGGUGGGUUACCAAAAAAGAGAGUUGAGCAAACCACUGUGCUCUCAGUGCCUGAGUUCUAUGCACUCGAAGAUGCAGAAUCUGUUUCUCUGGAUUGGGAGAGUAUGAAGAGUUCGUUCCUUGAACGUUCAGCGUUGAUCAAAAGUCAUGUGGAUCUUUUAGCUAAUCCCGAAAUAAGUGAGGCAGAUUUGAAAAAUAGCGAGGAGAUUGUGCUUCAUCAGUUAAUGCUCUUGCGCCGUUUAAAUCGUUUUGCGAUGUAUCGGAAUAGACACGGUCGGGAUGUGGCAAGCGAAAUGCUCAAUGAUGUUGACUCAAAAUAUUUACAACUACAGAAUGCAAAUAAUGAAAUUGAGCAUAUUCGAAAGGAAAUUGAACGGUCCGCUGACGAAGACAUCGAUUUAGUUCCAAUAGAAGAAUUUUAUGACAAAGCUCCACAAACAUUAAGCAGAGAAGAAGUUACGCGCACAGAUAUGCAUGAACAACGUAUUGCACGGCUGAACUGGGAGAUGGCUGAACGCAAAAAUUUGGUUGCCACACUACAGGAGCGCGAAGGCCGUAAGAACGUUCUUUUAAGUGAUAUAUCUAAAAAGGAGUAUCGUCUAAAAUCUUUGAAGCCGAAGAUCGAAGCUCUAAUAGAAACCGCUCGCCCGGUUCAAGAGUUGAUGUCGUUAAGAACAGCGUCGUCGGUACUGGACAGUCAGCACCCUAUAUUCAGUUAUCUUGCAAAGGAACUAACGGUCGUGGCAGUACAGACUGAAGCAUAUCGUGAUAUUGCUGAAGAUGACGGUGUUAUUGUUGAAUGUCAAGGUGACAUCGAAAGUGCUGCGAAGUUUUAUGAAAAUCAUUCUCAGCAAUCUGCAGAGCCUGAAGAUGAAGAUAAUUAUAGUGAUACAGCCAAUGGAACUGUUUCUCCUGCCCAGUCACUGAAAAGGAGGCGCAGUACAGCUUCAGAAAGAAUUACUAGAAAAAAGGAUCUUUUGUUAACUGAACAUCCGGUAUCUUUGGUCAUAACAGUUCGUUGCGAUGGUACGUUUCUUAUUUUUAGGAGCUUGUUGUGUGAUGAAUCUCUUUUAAUUGGCUUGUUUCCUAACGAUGAUGGAGAAAAAUGUUCAGACGUCGUUGGACAGGUUAAACUGGAACAUCUAGGUAUCACUGUUCAAGAUUAUGAGCCAAAGAUUGGGCGAUUUUUUAAAUUUGCUAGGAGAAUGGCAGGAAUCGAUCAAGGCGAUUCAGAAGCCACCUGCCUCUGUGACACUAUCCAGUCAGUUAUUUCUGAAAUUCGUUACCGUGUACGCACUAGAAGUGCACUCAUCCGUUGCAUCAAAAAUCUAAGUUUGUUGAAAGUAUUUGAGGAAAUGCCAAAAGAAUUGCGUAGUCAGUUUCCAUCUCGAGUCGUCUCAAGGCUCUCAGAGUUUAGAAUGCUCACACCUUCUCAGUUUUUGGCCCACGAAGCGGUUACCGAAGAUUAUAAAAAGCUUCUUACAGCAGAGUCUUCUUCAUCAUUUGAUAAUCACUUUUUCUUUAGUGCAACAAUAGAACGUAAUUCUGCUGUUCUUACUGCACUAAUUUAUAUACCCACGUGUUAUCCUAAGUACCGUAAGCCUGUGUAUAUACUAUUCGCUCUUGUGGACGGUGCACUUCUUACAGCUAAGAACUGCUCAGCUUUAAAGGAUAUCGAGGCUAAUAUUAAUUUGAUGCAGUAUUCAAAUUUUGAAUGCAAACAAGAGUUGGAACUUUAUGCACAAAUGGGAUUCUUAAUUUCAAGAUUUGAUUGUUUUUUGGAGAUACAGGGGCGUGAUCGGCAAAUACCAUUGGCGUUUGACAACACUGCUGAUGCUUUCACAUUUCUCUAA